AUGGCCUACUUGCUGGGAUGGAAAGAUAUCCUCCGGCCAAUUCGUGAUGGAUAUCGCCAUUUGUUCCCCGCACCAGACACAGGGCCAACGCCUGAGGAGAGACGCAAACAACGCGAUCUGGAUCGACUCAAGGGCUUCGCUUACUUCGACACGUUUGAUCAAUUAGAGGCAUGGACAGAAGACGACUGCGACUCUUUUCAAAGAGCCAACACGCCACGCAUACGAACAGAGGAUACGAGCGCAAACGAUGACCUUGACAAAGCAGAUGUUCUCUUGAUCCAUGAUUACUCCGGAAACUACCAUGAUUAUGAGAGCGUACAAGCGACUGGAAUUGACAUGGAACUUUAUUCUUGUGAAUAUCUCCAAUUUGUUGAUGUAUUCAUCUACUUCUCACACAAGCUUGUCUGUGUGCCUCCGCCAACCUGGACGAAUACGCUUCAUCGCAACGGCGUCGAGGUUCUAGGUACACUCUUAGUUGAGCCACAGACUGAGGGCUCUGAGCGUCUCCUACAACAUACACGUGAUGGUCAAAAUAUGGAUUUUCCGUUGGCAAAAACUCUAGCAAGAAUUGCUGUGCAUUAUGGCUUCGAUGGCUGGCUUGUGAACAUUGAGAAGCGAUUUCCAAAUGAUGUUUGGGACCCCAAAGUCCUCGAGGCCUUCCUUUGCCAGUUGAGAGCCGAAAUGAGCGGUACAAUGAGGCUUAUAUGGUAUGAUGCUCUCACCGUUUCGAACAAAAUAUCGUACCAGAAUGCGCUGAGCAUGUCCAAUAUCAAUUUCGCGUCGGCCUGUGGAAGUAUACUCACAAACUACUGCUGGAAAGACGCUGAUGCUGAAAACUCGCUGCAGCUUGCUCUGUCAAGCAAAAUCUCACCCAGAAACAUUUUCUUCGGUAUUGAUGUGUGGGCGCAGAACAAAUCCAGUUUCACUCACCCACGUGUUACUUAUCCAGAAUAUGGGGGAGGUGGCACAAACACUGGUGUUGCUGUGGCUAAACUUGCCGGCCUAGGACUGUCAGCAGGCAUAUUUGCCCCAGCGUGGUCCUUUGAGCAUUUUCCUGGAAAAGGGCGGGCCGCUGAACGGACAGUCUGGCAAGGAAUCCCACUUCCGUGUGACAUGGAUUGCUCUUGCGGAGAUUGUUUGUCGCGUCAUCAGCCUAAUGAGGCUUUUGCAAUUCUCAAGAAUGCGAAAGAGCGCGUGGCUGGGUCGGAAAAAUUCUUCUACACCGACUUCACGCGCGCUUUUGCCACGCAUGAUGACACAUCGAACGAUCUAUUCGAUGGCUGUAGUGCCCAUGCACAACUAGGUAGUCAGUCAAUUCUUCCGCGUCCAACCAUUUUCGGGGACGGGCAUCAAGCUGUCGAGCUUUGGCACCGUCUAGACAGCAGCUCAGGUACUUCCUGUUUGGUAAUCGAGGCCAGACAAAAUCAGUUGGAAAGUGACCACACGACAGAGUUCUGGCUUCCACUUUUCAGAUUCGACAUGCCCGCAGAUGCAUCUUUACAAACUGAGAUAUUUAGUGACAAUGCGUCAUUACCAACUGGCCAUAGUACUGUCAACUUCUACAUUCGAACCACAGAUUCUGUUCACUUUGCCACCAUUGCACGCGGGAAAGGAAUUCAGCGAACAGUAUGCUCACCGGAGUCUUUGGUGCCUGGCACUCGCAUCCAAGAGCUUGGGGUUCAUUUGAAAGGCCCAAUCAGUACUGCUCUAGGCAAGACCCUGCAAUUGCUGAACAUCACGAGUGUCCGUAUUAUACCUAUUUCUACUUUUCAAACGUCUUCUUCAUUCUCUAUCGACCAAAUACAACUUGAAAAACGAGGUGAAGGAGAUUGUGGGCGCGUGCAACUGGUUUGGAGCUACAAGGACUAUGGAAGAACUGACUGUGAAGACAACGGAAUUCCCUGUAGCAAAACUACAGGGCCUUUCUCGCAUUUUGUCAUCUACACGGACAGAAGAAUGCUGGGUAAAGCAUACGCGUUGGGGCAUGUUCUGAAAGAACAAUUUGUUGAGAAGAACGCGGGAUCGACUGUGGAAUUUGAGCUUGUUGGGCGAUUAGCGAGAUUGUCUCAUGAAUUGCCUCGGGUUUGUCAUCAGCUGCAUCCGUCUGCAUUUGUCUUCACAGUAUCACAAGCCCGACGGCUUCAUGCUUCCACAUUCACGAUGAGCCCAUCGAAGCGUAUACAUGAAACAGAAACAUCAUCCCCUAAGUCUAAGAGAUCAAAAGUCGAGAUACCUGCUUAUCACCUUGCUCAAUCGAGACAAGAUGAGAGUGGUGAGAUAGUUUGGCCAGCCAGGCGUGAACAAAUCGAACGUGCGCGGACGAUUAUCAAAGAGUGUGCUAUUGCUCAGAAGCCAACUGUUAUAAUACCAGACAAGGACGCAGAUGGUCUUUCUUCAGGUGCUAUAUUGUACCAUACACUCACUACUCUUGGUUUAUCAUCUGAUCUUAUAUCGGUAUACUUUCCUCCAAAAGGCUCGAACGUCCAUGAUGAAAGUACAAAGGAAGUUCUUACUGCUAAGUCGCCAGUGUUUAUCUUUGUUCUAGAUCAAGGCAGCAGAAAGAGUCCGCCACUGAUUGACUCCCUACAUACAUGUCUCGUUAUAGAUCACCACUUUGCAGACGAAGGGGGUUUCCCAGAAGGUGCCGAGUAUGUCACGGCUCAUGACUGUCCUCCUGUUGCAACAAGUGCCCUUUUGACAUACAACGUCUGCCUGCCAUUGCAUGCAGACUUGAACGACAAGAUCUCCUGGCUUGCAGCACUGGGAACCCACGGCGACCUAGGUGGCACCAUCAAGUGGGAGCCACCAUUUCCAGAUAUGAAGGCUACUUUCAAACAAUACACGAAGAAGGCGAUCAACGACGCCGUGGCCUUGGUCAAUGCGCCGAGACGGUCGGCAGCUUAUAAUGUCGAGGAUGCGUGGGCUGCGGUGCUCUCUGCAGAAAGUCCUGGCUCAAUUGUCAAAGACGAGAAACUUCGCAACGCUUCUUUGGAGGUACGACGUGAAACCGAGCGCUGCACGCAUACGCCGCCCACGUUCUCCGCGGACGCUACUAUUGCCCUACUGUCGAUAUCCUCGGCUGCGCAGAUUCAUCCCGUCAUCGCGACCCGCUGGUCGGGUACUCUAAAGUCAAACAAGCUAGAGAUUGUAAUGUGUGCGAACGAGGGCUAUCUUCCAGAUAGAGUCAAUUUCUCGUGUCGAGUUGCCAAAUGUGCACGGGCGAGAGAAGGGGAGGAGAAGAUUGAUAUCAUCAAGAAGCUCGAAGGCAUUGUUGCUGGUGACAAAGACCUGAGAGCAAGACUGGGAGAAAGCUUCGCAAGAGGACACAAAGAAGCUAGCGGCGGUAUCGUGGGAAAGCAAGAGUGGGAAGAGUUCAAGAAAUUGAUGGGCGUGGGAGAGCGUACGAAGAAGACGGAAUCUGCCACUAGGAAGAAGAAGCCAACACAGAAAAACACACUUGCCAACUACUUUGGCAAGUCCGCAAAGGCAUAG